UAGUGCACUUCUGUAGGUCACAGCUAGUUAUUUGGGACACAACCGCUCUGUAUGCCGUGUAUCAGAUCUCAGUGAGCAGGAGAGAUGGUGUAAUGUAAAAAAAAAAAAGGUAGCCGUGAUUGAUUUGUUAAAUCGUCGUUAUUUCUGGUGGUGGAAAUGGUGGUGAUUAGUGAUUUCCAGGGAUAAGUGAAACCUCCAGAAGCGGAUUUCAUCAUGGUGUCGUGGAUCAUUUCCAGGAUGGUGGUCCUGGCUUUCGGGACCCUCUACCCAGCCUACUCUUCCUAUAAGGCAGUCAAGACGAAAAAUGUCAAGGAAUAUGUCAAAUGGAUGAUGUACUGGAUAGUGUUUGCAUUAUUUACCACAGCAGAGACAAUUACGGAUAUGCUUCUGUCCUGGUUUCCAUUUUAUUUUGAGCUGAAGAUUGCUUUUGUCAUCUGGCUGCUGUCACCGUACACAAAGGGCUCCAGUGUCCUGUAUCGCAAGUUUGUGCACCCUACGCUGUCCAACAAAGAAAAGGAGAUUGAUGAGUAUAUCACCCAGGCGAAGGAUCGUAGCUACGAGACGAUGAUGCGCUUUGGAAAGAGGGGGCUGAAUAUCGCAGCCACAGCAGCAGUCACUGCAGCUAGCAAGGGUCAGGGUGUGCUGUCGGAGAAGCUGCGCAGUUUUAGUCUGCAGGAUCUGACGCUCAUUCAAAACGAGGAGGAGCUAAUGGAUGAUGAAACACACACUGCUGCCACACUGCCCCGUGCUAAAACACGUACAGUACGGCCCACAUCCAUACCGACAGAUAGUGAACCACAGAUCAGUACCCGGGCUGACGUCGACCAAUCAGAUAGCAGGAUGGAGCACUCGGAUGAGGACGCUGCUGACAAAGUGCCCAGGAGAACACCCAGCAUGAGAGCAGCUAAGAAACCAGCCACUGCUAAGACAGAGACAAUAAAGACCAUAAAGAAGCAGCCAAAGAAGAAGAGCACCACCGCAACCAGUAAUAAUGCUGAGACGCCACCUUGAGAUCUCAGCCAAGGCCACAUUCUUGGAGUUAAAAGUUAGAAGAACGGUAACACAGCAGUAUGACUAUCACGUAGAUGGAGACACCGGGACGGAGUCACACUGAUAAAAGAAACAAGGACAAACAGACACACAGAGAGACUGUGGGUGAGUGAGUGGGAGAGAGAGAUAGAGGUUACAGAAACUCUGACACAGAGAGAGACACAUGACCAAGAUGGAGACACAGACCACAGACCAGACACUCGGGAAGACACACAGAGAUGCAUAAAUACUCCUACAGACAGAUGUACACAGACAAAGACACAUACAUACAGACAAAGGAACAAGACUUAACAUUCCCACAUCCACGUAGCUACUCAUCAAACGAUGUAAUUGAUCAGUACUACACUUUUCUGAGAUUAAAGAUGUGUGGUUCAUCUUCAUAUCGGUAAAGACUGGCACAUUUGAGUUGCUGUUAAAGGCUUGUGUUUGCAUAUUAAUCUAUGAACUUUUAGUUGGUUUAUUUAUUUUAAUAGAACUGUGAUCUUGACAGUAUGUGACUCAAUCCUGAGCCCGAUUGAGUUCAGUUUUUAAUCAGAUAUAGGACAGUUUACAGCAUGCCAUAAUUUGUGUGUUUGGGUGUGAUGGGAUUUAUUAUUAUUAUUAUUUUGGUGAUUAAAUGCUAGGAAUGGAAACAGCAUUGCUGAUGACUAACUAAAAAUUUCAGUCUGGAGUCUAGCUCAGUCUCUCCUGUUAUCUAUGGCUCUGUUUAAAGAAUUGGAACGAAUUUGUUGUCUCCUUUUAAUAUUCGAGUAUCUUUCUACAGUCCCCCUUAAUUCUUAGAAGUAAAGAAAAGAAACCAGGUCUGUCUACUGAUAUGUUUUGUGCACUACAGCCUUUGACAGUGAGUUUUAUUUCCUCUAUUUUAAAUGGCACCUAAAUUCGCCACAGGCAGGAUUCUGUCAACUCGGCUUGAGAGUUGAUGCCUAAAUGUAGAUGAGGAUCUGUUUUGCCUCUUAGCAGAUGGUGUAGAUACUGAUUUCAGAUCAGUUGUUAGAUCAGCCUCCAGCUGUGAUGUCAGGAUCGGUUAGGUUUUGAGUUGAGUUAAACGGAGCGUGCAGAUUCGACAGAGAGCCAACAGCAGGCGCCAACGUUCCACUGAAAUAUAAUUUAUAAUCAUUUAUUAUUAGCUGCUUUGACUUGUUUGGGCUCAUAAGCUAAAACUAUACUUAAUGUCAACACUUUUCAAUCUAAACUGAUCUCUAGGAAUAAAUAAAAAAUAUUCAUGCUUUAAUCAAUAGCCAGGGUAUUACUGAACAUAUUUGAUAGUUUGCAUAUUAUUUAAAUCUGCACUGGAAUUUAUUUUAAAGUUAAAAGGGACUGCAAAAGCUUUGCUCCAAUUCUGUAUUGUAUGCAUCUGAGGGCAGUUACAUAUUUAGGGCCUCAGCUGGACAGUCUACUGAAACCUUUUAAAUGUAAAUAUUAGAAAACCUUUGACUUUAUAUAACGAGCUUGCUCACCAUAUGCUCUUUAAAUCUGUUCUUUUUUUCCCUUUUUCCUGUUUUCAUCAUUUCUGAUUAUUUCUCGCUUUCAACGUAUUAAAAGUUUAAAAAAGAAAAAGGACUUUGUGUGUACUGUAAAUAUUGAGUUACGGUUUUUAAUUUGCAUCCGUUAUUCUGAGAAUAAGUACUGUAUAUCCUCAAUAUGUAACUCGUGGCUUCUUGGGAUUUUUUUUUUUUUACUUUUUACUUAAAUUCAGCUAUUUAAUUCCCAUGCAGUUCAGAGAAGCCCUGCAUUAGCGAAGCAUUAGCUUUGUAUUCUGACAUUCUUUCUUCUCUCAUUUUAAACUAAACUUUUCUGCUUUUAGAGAGUAAAAUUUGAACCUAGUCUUUACGGGUAUUGGGAGAGUGAUGCCAGUUAAUUUCACAUUCAAAUCAAAUUUGUUUUUAUUAAAGGGAAUAUUUCCUGCAUAAUGUUCACUAUCAGUAUUCUUGUGCAUAGGACUUUAUAUAGUGAGACAAUAUUCAGCACUAAUAUAUUGUUUGUGCCAAUUGUCAAAUACUCCACUGUAAUAAGAACGAGGCAGAAUUGGUCAUGUGAAAGAAUUGCUGCUUUCUGUACUGAAAUAAAAAGAUUUAAAGAAUUAAA